AUGUUUCUUGCACCGACGUUUUCUACCUGUUGGCAGUUAAGUGACAGUGCCGCGCCGCUCGCGUGGCAGGGUGGCGACCCCUAUGGGCUGCUGAUCGAACUAAGCAUCUCCGAGCUGUCAUCUCUUGGCCAGGCCUUCAUGCGGGGAUGCCUGAUGUUGGAGGAGGAGCUCGAAGUCGUCAGAAUGAUGUCUGUAUCGUUCACGGGUCAACCUCAGCAGCUGCUUCACGACUCCCAGCUCUGCUCUGCGCCAGCGAGUCGUCGUCUGCACCUCUGCCGCCGCACUGCCGAGACGACGAUGGCGCCGCCCUCUGAUGCCAGCACCAAGGGCGGGACGAGCGUCGCGCCUGCCGGCGCCCCCUACAGGGCCCCGUCUACGGCGCCGAACGUUCUCGUGUACACGGGGGCGGGCGAGGACUCCGCCCGCCGCUACCAGCUUGCACGUGGCGCCCUCUCUCUGUGCCUCAACCCCGACAGCUACGCCAUCUACCGGCUGACGUCGGAGCAGGCCCUCGGCGCGCCGUGGGUGGGUGGCGCCACCUUGCUUCUCGUCUCGUGUGACCACCUUCAGCCGGGCGUCGAGGAGACCAUGAUGCGGUAUUUUGCCACCGGGGGGCGCCUCCUCAGCGUGUGUUCGCCGCUCGAUCAGCGAUUCGUCGGCGUGCAGCCAAUGCGGAAGACGCAGCGGCGGCGGCGCGUCGUUGUCACGGCAACGACGCCCGCGGGAUGUGACGCGCGUCUGCUCUCGCAGGGUCGCUGGUAUGACACGCGAGACGUGCUGAUGCCGUCGCUAAGCGUCGAGGCCGUCGUCGCCGACAAGGACACGCAGCACACUCUGGUGGCGGAAGUGAGAAGCACGGAGACUGGCGGCUGUGCUAUGUUAUCCCAGGUGCGGCUUGACAUGGAGCCGGCAGAGGCCGGAGUCAGUGAGGACAUGUUCACAAGUCUGAAACAAGCAAACAGCGCACGCAUCGACACAGUGCGUCAUCUACUGGAGAGGAUGGGAAUGGAUUGUACGCCACACGAACAACCCUGCCUCACCCCUGCUUAUCUCUACACUAAGUCUGAGGCUGUGAAACAGAGGCUGCUCUCUGCCCUCAACCCAAGUUUGGUCAACGGCGUCCUGCAAUCAAAGGUCGUCUCCCUGCGCUUCACCUCUGACCCAACUGUGACCUCUGACCUCACCGCGACCUCGGACACCGUCACGAGCCCCGACGUCGCCGUGACCCCUGACCUCUUGCCGGUCAUUCACCGUGACCACACCGUGAUUCCGAGCAACGGCAACUGCAGCGUUUUCCACAAGGAACGCGGUGGCGGAGGCGGUCGCCACGGCGACGCGACGACGUGGGCGUUUGACGAGGUCGCCUACUUCAAGAGCCUCGACACGGAGGUCCUAGGACAGGCUGUCAUGUUCUGCGAGGUCGUGCCAACGACGAUGACCUUGUUCGACAGGUUGAUGUUUGUGACGCCGGCGGACACGGGCGUCGUGGCGAUCGCGCGGCAGCAGACGGCGGGACGCGGCCGCAGCGGCAACGCGUGGAUCAGCCCGCGCGGCUGCGCGAUGUUCUCCGCAGUCGUGCGCGUGCCGCUGAUGUCUGUGCUCGGCAAACGAACCCCGUUCCUGCAGCAUCUCAUGGCUCUCGCCAUUGUGGAGGCGGUGAGAAGCGAGCCUGGGUAUGAGUGUCCACCACCCUCACCUGAUGCAGGCUGUGGUCAGCUAGCGUCAACGGUGACACCACUUGGUGUCACCGUGACGUUAGCUGACCACGGUUUACAGCAGGUGACGGUAGAAGGACUAGACGAAUACGGCUACCUCGUCGUGCGCACGCGCCUCGGCGACACAAUCAGCGUGCAACCAGACGGCAACAGCUUUGAUAUGCUGCAUCGCGUCAUCAGCGUGAAGCCAAGCAGGUGAUGCGGAUGAGGAGUGCGCAGCAUCUGUCAGAGAAACAUCCUUGGCAGCGGCACGUCUGUGAAGCAGUGAUGAGGCGCAUACAGCAUUUGUGAUGCAGGGUCUUCUGUGAUAACAACGUCUUCGUCUGUAAUUUUUGCUCGCAGUGAUGACGCAUUGGUGACGUGAUUCAUGCUCCUUGCGAUGACGUCAUUCUUGAUUUGUUUUACUAUGAGUUACAUCAUCCAUGAUUCGUCUUCUCGCGUCAUGAUGACAUCUGUGAUUUCUGCAUGCGGCCUACAAGAUGACAUCAUCCGUGACAUCUAAUGUAGUCUAGAAGGCAAGGGACCGUAUCAGCAGCAUCCACAGUUACCCCCACAGUUUGGUCGGCUUCACUAACAAAAAACUAUGGCUCCUAAGGAAACCAAUUUCUUUCGUUAUUGUGUCCUUGUGACAGUGUAAGAGUUAGAUGUUAGGGUUGUUAAGGUAAGCUGUAGGUAUGGAAUCAACUGAGGGAUGCCAAGUGGCAGCACAAUUAAAGGGUAUACUAAUACAGGGUUAGGGUUAGGUUGUAGUCCGCAGUUACAAUGUCACAAUGUCCAAUCUGUACUACCUAUAACCAGAACAUCAUUGUAGCAAAGCCGUAGCAAAACGUUUACCAGAUGUCUAUGCCAGUACAUACACAAAUUAAUCUGUGCAAUAUAACGAAGAUAACUCGUGGAUAUAGCAGGUUUAUGCCAUAUUUGGUAGCUAGUAAAAUCGUUCAGGCAUUUUCAUGAUGGUAGUAAAAUUUCCAGUUAAUUAGUAGAGGUUCUAAAUAGUUAGUAGAACCGCCAGAAAGCUAGUAACAUUGCCAGGUAGUAUGAAUGACUGAUUGCUAGUCGAAUAUCAGGUAUAACUUUCAUUAGUGUCAGAUACGGUUAUAUUUUUAUUUUGCCACUAACAAUAGAGUCAGAAAAUAGUUUGCCAGACACAUAUUAGAAUUGCCAGAUAGCAGUAGCACCAUUGCCAGGCAGAUAGAGGAGUUGCCAGAUAGCUAGAAUUAUUGCCAGAUAGCUAGAAUCAUUGCCAAAUAGCUAGGGUGAUAGCCAGAUAAUUAUUUCAGAAUUGUCAGUCGGCUAGAGGAUCUAUCAGACCCUUGAUGUCAUUGCUGAAUCGAUAGAUGGAGAUUACGGGGAACAGCUAUGCUGACUGACGAAGCUGACACGGUCACGCCGCGGUUGCUAGUAGAGAUUCCGUUGGUUGCCGGGGCGAUGUCACACAUUCGGCGCCGCGCAUCUGUGUGUCGUGGCGGAGCGUUUGUUUUCUUCGCUCGUUCCCGGGCGCGCGGCUUACUCAAACUUUAGUCGAGAUGGAGAGCCACGUUUCUCGUAUAGAUGGCGCCAUCGUGGCAAUAGCUGAGAAACUCGGGUGGAGAUGUGUCUUGUCAUCUUUUUAGCAGUGCUUGUGUUGAGCGGAUGCCGCUCGAUCAGUAUUAUCGCCCUCGAUGAUUUGUGAGAUUGUACCGUUUUUAUCGUUAAGUAGUAUUAAGCGGCUUUAGGAGAUCACGGGACCAGUCUAGCAUGUUUACAGUCUAGAAUGCUCGGUCUGUUUUGCAUCUGCAUGAGAAUUCAACAUUUAUCCACACAAGGUGGCAGCAGGGUAUUACUCCCUGCUCUUUCUGUGGGCAUGUGCUCUGUGUUAACCUGUGGCAGUUAUGUCUUUAAUUAUGAUUACUACCAAAAGUAAGAUAAUAUUAUAAUAUAUCAUAAUAAUAUUAUAAUAUAUUAUAAUAAUUGUAAUUACUUAUUAUUCGUUAUUCAUUAGCUUACUCCUGUUUAUAUCAUUAUAAUUGCUAUAAGGCAAUUACCUUGGCAAUAUCACAAUGUUGCUUAGAACGGGUAAGAAUGUGUACUUUGUUUCUGUGACAAUCAGAGAUACAUGCAUAAUUGAUACGAAUAACUGGAACCUGUAUAUGCGUUUAAUGAUAUCAUAAUAAAGGUUAUGCAUAAUUGCAUAGAAUAAUACAACA